UGUAAAUCUUAUAUUUCCAACUGUACUGCUGUUAAAUCCAAGAUUAGUUGUGAAGUGUAUGAAAUGCACAUGUACACUUUUUUGUAAUUUUCUGGUUGUAUCACUUCCUUUAUUCAGAAUCUCAUUUUCUGUUUUACCACCUACCAUCACAUUCUCGUAAAUCGCUCAUCAAGAACUUUACACAUGGGUGUGUGACGCAACAAAGGGAGGUGUCCCAGACGCACAUGUACAAAAGAGGAUUUGCUUUCAUUUCAUGCUCCAAAGCUCUGCUUAGUUUCUCAGAAAACAUCCAAGCUCAUGCCAUGGAGGAAGGCUUUCCUUUUAAUUUCGCGCUCUCAGAUGUCUUCUUUUCUCUGAUAUCUCUCCUGCUGUUCCUCAUGGACGUGGUGCUGGACCUGUGGGCCAUAGUGUCUCUCUAUGAAGAGCAGAAAUACUUCUCCAUGGGAUUGUUGAUAUUUCUUCUGCUCAGUUCCUCGGUUCUCCUGCAGAUCUUCAGCUGGAUCUGGUACUCUGAGUCCUCCAAAAACCUGGAGACCAAAGUAGAGAGAUUCAUCAGCAGACACGGUUUACUGGCUCCGGUGCACAUCUGCCAGCUCGGAGUCUUCCUCAGGUUUGCAGCUGUAAUGGAGAUCUCAAGUCGCAGUUUUAAACAGAGCGACCUUUUCCCGAAGGGGGUCACAGUGUACCUGAAUCACGAUCUUAGCAUGUUGCGUCUGUUCGAAGCGUUCUCUGAGAGUGCUCCACAGCUCGUCUUGAUGAUGGCUCUCAUCAUGGAGAUGCAGGAGAUGCAGUCCUUCACAGUCAUUAAAAUCGUCGGCUCUCUUUCCUCCCUCUCCUUCACCGUGUUGUCCUACCAUCGCAGCAUGCGUGCGUUCGUCCCUGAGAAGCUUAAGAUGGGAUGGUCUUCCUCUAUAAUCUACUUCCUGUGGAACCUUUUCCUGAUUGGCCCACGUGUCGUGUCUGUAUCCCUCUUUGCCUCCGUCCUGCCCUGCUACAUCGCCGCUCACUUCCUGUCCCUGUGGACGCUGCUGGUCCUCUGGUCCUGGUGGCAGAAGACAGACUUCAUGGACACUAAAGCUGGAGAAUGGCUGUACCGGGCCACCGUAGGCCUCAUCUGGUACUUCACCUGGUUUAAUGUAGCGAGUGGAAGGACUAAACUCAAAGGAAUCAUCUAUCACAUGGUUAUGGGGGCGGACAUGAUGCUGCUGUUAGGAUUAUGGUGGUGGAGGAGAUCUGUGGAAUCAGCUCGUCUUAGUCCACUACCUAUUAAUCCCUACCUACUGAUUGUUAUGUUAAUGAUAAUCUAUAUUAUAGGAGUCCUACUGAAACUGGUUUAUUACUGGAAAUUUCAUCCUAAACAACCAGAAUUACAGAUAAAGGUAGCUGUGAAAGAUGAGAAGCCGGUGAAACUGCAGACACCGAAAAACAGUUUAAGAAAUAACAUGUGUAGUUUAGUAGAGACAGACUCGAUUGAGCCACUGGAUUUAAACGCUGCACCUGAGCCUCAUGUCACUGUUACACCUCCAACUCAAACGAUCGUAACUGGAGUCCACAAAAGGAUGAAGAAUACGGCUGUGAAUUUCUACUUCUAAUCUGGAUUUUACCACUAUGUAUGAAUAUGUACAUAAUGUAUAUAUAUAAUAUAUAAUGUAUAAAUUAAUAUAUUUAUAUAUAAUGUAUGUAUAUAUAUUUCCUGUGAAAUAGUAUUCAUUUGUAAAUGUGAAGAUUUUUUUUUUACCAUGUUAAAAUGGUCUAAAGGUCCCAGGAUAAGGGACAUUAAAAAUAAUGGGCAUUAAACCAAAAAGUAAACUUCAGUACACAUUAAUAAUAAGUAUUUUCACUGCAGUGGAGUGACACACUCAGUUUGAAUUUUCGU